GAAAUCUCACGAGACGUCGACCAGGGAGAGAGAGGUAAGUAGUGACUCCUUCACACUAACUGGCACCAACGACCGAGCACCCCCCUGGUAAAUACACCAACCCUUCGUGACGAAUCCCACAUCCAGAGUCUCGAGAAGUGUCCGUGAGCCAUGGGAAACAUUUUUGGGAAUUUGCUGAAGAGCCUGAUAGGAAAAAAGGAGAUGAGGAUCCUGAUGGUGGGUCUCGAUGCCGCGGGGAAAACCACGAUCCUCUACAAGCUGAAACUCGGGGAAAUAGUCACCACCAUCCCAACCAUCGGCUUUAAUGUGGAGACGGUGGAGUACAAGAACAUCAGCUUCACCGUGUGGGACGUGGGCGGGCAGGACAAGAUCCGUCCCCUCUGGAGACACUACUUUCAAAACACGCAGGGUUUAAUCUUUGUGGUGGACAGCAACGACAGAGAGCGCGUCAAUGAGGCAAGAGAGGAGCUGAUGAGGAUGCUGGCUGAGGAUGAACUGAGAGAUGCAGUGCUUCUUGUCUUUGCUAAUAAACAGGACCUGCCCAACGCCAUGAACGCCGCCGAGAUCACGGACAAGCUGGGCCUCCACUCCCUGCGCCACCGCAACUGGUACAUCCAGGCCACCUGCGCCACCAGCGGCGACGGCCUCUACGAGGGCCUGGACUGGCUGGCCAAUCAGCUCAAGAAUAAGAAAUAGGAGGGCCGGGAGUCCCACGACAACCGUCCCGACUUUUUCCGUUUCACGUUUUGGGGGGUGGGACUGAGGGAAGAAUUGGAAGAUUUUUUUCGGCUUUUAGUUCCAGUCUGAAGCUUCCUACUUCCUACUUGUAUAC